CGGUCGUUGUGCGCGCAACCAGCAGCAGCAGCACCGGCGGCGGCGGAGGAGGGGAUCAUGCCCGGCCGUCGGAGCGGCGGCGGCCUGUCGGAGCGGAGCCCGUUGCUGGCUUACCGGCUUUGCAGCAGCUCGUCGCUGGAGCCGGACGAAGCGGCCCCGACGUCCCGCAAGCUCUCCACUUUCCUGGGCGUCGUGGUGCCCACUUUGCUCUCCAUGUUCAGCGUGGUGCUUUUCCUCCGCUUGGGUUUCGUGGUGGGACAAGCAGGAUUGUACCAAUCGCUGGUGAUGUUUCUGGUGGCCUAUUUCAUCAUCGGAAUGACGGUCCUGUCGGUGUGUGCGAUCUCUACCAACGGGGCCUUGGACGCCGGGGGUGCCUACUAUAUGAUCAGCCGGGCUUUGGGCCCUGAAUUCGGUGGCAGCAUUGGCCUCAUGUUCUUCUUUGCCAAUGUUUGUGGCAGUGCCCUCUACAUCUUGGGCCUGGUGGAGGCCGUGGUGGAUGACUUCGGCAGCCCGGCAGAGGGGACUAUUGGGACAGCCACACAGGUCCUUCCCCGCGGUUACUGGUUCGACCUCUUGUACGCCACAGUCCUCCUGUUCCUGUGCCUUCUCGUCUGCCUUGUGGGUGCCGGCAUCUACGCUAAGGCCACCUUCCUCAUCUUCCUCAUCGUCAUGGUGGUGCUGGGUACUGUCUGCCUCAGCUUCUUUAUCGUGGGCGUCCGGGUUGUGGGGCUUCCCGCGACCACGGAUGGCAACCGCACCGAACUCGCCAAUGCGUCCUUCACCGGAUUCAAACUCAGCACCCUCCUGGAUAAUCUGCAUGCGGACUAUAGUGUCGAUUACACAACUGGCCGGCUGAUGAGCUUCAGCACUGUCUUUGCCGUCAUGUUCAACGGUUGCACGGGAAUCAUGGCUGGGUCGAACAUGUCAGGCGACCUCAAGCGGCCCAGCUAUUCCAUUCCUCGGGGCACCAUCAUGGCCGUGAUAUUCACCUACAUUGUGUACAAUUUGUUGGCGGUCCUCCUGAGCUGCACCUGCGACAGGUUUCUUCUCCAGCGGGAUUACAGCUUUUUGAAGGACAUCAACAUCUGGCCCCCGUUUGUCAUCAUCGGGGUCUACUUUUCCACCCUCUCAGCUGCCAUGAGCAACCUCAUUGGGGCCUCCCGGAUCCUUUACGCUUUGGCCAAAGAUGACCUCUUUGGCAAAGUUUUGGGCCCAGCGAAGCAGACAUCGGCUGGUGAAAACCCCUGGGUAGCCGUCAUCUUCUCCUGGAUCCUUGUACAGCUGGUCCUGUUUUCCGGGAAGCUGAACACCAUAGCUGCAGUGGUCACCAUCUUCUUCCUACUGGUUUACGCUACGGUGGAUUUGGCCUGCCUGGCGCUCGAGUGGGCCUCUGCCCCGAACUUCAGGCCCACCUUCAAAUAUUUUACGUGGCACACCUGUGUGCUGGGCAUUGCCGGCUGUGUCGUGAUGGUGUUUCUCAUCAGCCCCAUCUACGCUUCGGCCAGCAUGGCCUUCAUGGUCGUCCUGCUGGUGGCCCUCCAUUACCUGUCCCCCAGCAGCAGCUGGGGCUACAUCAGUCAAGCUUUGAUCUUCCACCAGGUCCGCAAGUACCUGCUGCUGUUGGACAGCCGCAAGGAACACGUCAAAUUUUGGCGCCCCCAAGUGUUGCUGAUGGUGCGGAAUCCACGGACUUCCCUCCAACUCAUCCGUUUCAUCAACGACCUCAAGAAGAGCGGCUUGUACGUGCUCGGCCACGUAGAGUUGGCGGAUCUGGACUGCCUGCCAUCUGAUCCCUUGCCGGACCAGUCGGACUCCUGGCUGCAGCUGGUGGACCGGUUGAAUAUCAAAGCCUUCGUCAACCUGACGCUCGCCAGUUCAGUGCGGCACGGCACACAGCAGCUGCUCUUCAUCUCGGGACUGGGAGGCAUGAGGCCUAACACCAUUGCGCUGGGCUUCUACGACAACGCCCCCCCACUCGACAACUUGUCCCAACCCACAGCCUUCAGCAGAGACGAGGCAAUUUGGCACGACUUCCCUCCCGUCUGGACCUACGGAGGCCCCAAGCAACUGUCUUCCCGGGAGUACGUGGCCAUCAUCUGCGACGCCAUGAAGAUGUCGCGCAACGUCCUUCUGGCCCGCUACUUCGACCAGCUCCAGCUGCCUCAGUCCGUCGGGUGGCGAGCCCAACCUCUCAUCGACGUCUGGCCCAUCAACCUUUUGCGCCCCGACAGCGCCCGCUACGUCGACACCAGCAGCCUCUUCUUGUUACAGAUGGCCUGCGUCCUGGCCAUGACCCGGUCGUGGCGACGGGCUCGCUUGCGUCUCUUCCUCUGCGUGCAGAGUUGCACCAGCCCCCAGGGCCAGGAGGACAAGCUGCGGCAGCUUCUGAAGGACCUGCGCAUCCAGGCGAAAGUCCAGCUGGUGCUGUGGGACAGCGUGGUUGCUCUCCAUUGGCACAGCCGCCAGGAAGACUCGGCGGACGGCGCCCUCAACUUCUCCAGCAACAUAACGUCGGUUUCCGACGAGUAUUUGACUGCGGUUAACCAGCUCAUUCUCCAACAGAGUUCCAGUCCUACUGUCCGCUUCCUUUACCUGCCCCGUCCUCCCGCAGACACUAAUUUAUACCCCAGAUAUUUGGAACAACUAGAGAUCCUGACCCACGGACUCGGCCCCACGCUGCUAGUGCAUGGGGUGAGUGCCGUUACUAGCACUCAGCUGUAAAGCAGGGUUGUCUGUUGUCCACUGUGGGCAAGGGUUGGUGGUUGAUGGAACACCAGGCGGAGGUGGCCCUCAAGGAUCGAGGUGAAGGCGAACUGAAUAUCAACCAGCAAUAUUCUUGGCUGAAGUUGGGGUUCCACAUCUCCCCAACCUUUUCUUCCCAGGCCGGGUUGCUGCGAUGCCUCCCAACACACGAUAACCGUGCAGCAGGGCUAAGGCACAGCUCCGUGGUCCUAGCCGAGAGCUUCCAUCGAGCGGUGUCUCCUCUGUGCUGCUUUGGCGGACUGCCGAGAGAACGACUUGUCAACAACCAAAGAAUAUGAAGCUGAGUCUGGGUCCUCCCAUCUUGGGAGUUUGGCAGCCAGAAGGUUCCUUGGCGCCAGGUGGCUUUGGAAAACUCUGUGACGGCUGCCUUUCUUUGGACACUUGUAAAGAUGGGAACAGAAUUAAAGGUUGUUGGAUUUAAAUCUGUCGUGAUGGCAGGGGAGGCGUUUCUUACAUCAACAAUAAGGAUCAGGAUUUAAGGCAGGGAUCUCCAAACAUGGCAACUUUAUGACUUGUGGCCUUCAACUCCCAGAAUUCCCCAGAUUUUAAGACUUGGGCCUUCAACUCCCAGAAUGCCCUAGCCAGCCUUUAAGACUUGUGGCCUUCAACUCCCAGAAUGCCCCAGCUAAUUUUUAAGACUUGUGGCCUUCAACUCCCAGAAUGCCCCAGCUAAUUUUUAAGACUUGUGUCCUUUAGCUCCCAGAAUGCCCCAGCUAACCUUUAAGACUUGUGGCCUUCAACUCCCAGAAUUCCCCAGCCAGAUUUCAAGACUUGUGGCCUUCAACUCCCAGAAUUCCCCAGCCAGAUUUUAAGACUUGUGGCCUUCAACUCCCAGAAUCCCCGAGCCAGAUUUUAAGACUUGUGUCCUUCACUUCCCAGAAUGCCCCAGCCAACAUGGCUGUCUGAGGAAUUCUGGGAAUUGAAGUCCACAAAUCUUAAAACGUUUCCAAGUUUGGAGACUCCUGAUCUAAAGCAUCCAUCAUCAAUAGCAGAAUUGGGCGUCAUUCUUACCAAAGAAUGACAAACUCAUCCCUUGGCUUUGGCAGGUAACAAAUGCUGCUUGUGUAGCAAACGCAAUUGGCACCUGUUUGUGUGAUGGCUUCCAGUCUCAGCAAAUGUGUUGACUUGAGUAUUGGAUGCAUUAAUCGGAGCAAGAACAGAGGGAAAAAAAAAUAGGUAAUCACUCUUGACUCUUCCAUUCAGUGGUCUUGCUCCCUCCAUAUAGUUAACUAGGCUAGUGGGGCAGUUAAUGAGUUGUAGAGGCUCAUAAAUCAAGUGGGAUGACCCAUUUUAGUUAGUCCUCCAAGAAAAAGAGACUAAAAGGCAGAGUGUCUGGAAAAAAAAGCAUUGCCCUACCACAGAUGAAUUGCAAUGACCCAACUGCUCAGCAGUAUCUUCCAUCGGAAUAGAGCUGGAAGGGGCCUUGGAGGUCUUCUAGUCCAGCCCCCUUCUCAAGCAAGAAAUCCUAUGUCCCAUUUCAUAUCCCGUUUGUUAAAUCUCUUUCUUAAAACCUCCAGACAUGAAGCACCCGCAACUUCUAGUGGCAAGCUGUUCCACCGGUUAAUUGUCCACACUUUUACAAAGUUUCUUCUUAAUUCCAGGUUGCUUUUCUUUUUGAUUAGUUUCCAUCCGUUGCUUCUUGUCCUGCCUUCAGGUGCUUUGGAAAAUAAAUUGACCCCCCCCUCUUCUUUGUGGCAGCCCCUCAAAUACUGGAAGACUGCUAUCAUGUCCUAGUCCUUCUUUUCUCUAGAUUGGCCAAACCCAAAUCCUGCAACCGUUCUUCAUCUUGAUGCCUGUCUAUCCAAUUGGGAAGAAUUUUGGGAGGUGAAGUCCACAAGUCACCAAGGGGCCAUCAUCCCCCACUUGAGAGAAGAAGGGCAUAUAUUGAUGUGAUACAGGUAGUCCUCAAAUUACAGCAGCUUAUUUAGUGACUGUUUGAAGUUUCAACAGCACUGAAAAAAGCGACCUAUGCUUGUUUUUCACACUUAACGACCGUUGCGCCAUCCCCAUGGUAUUCAGACGCUGGGCAACUGACCCAUAUUUAUGACGGUUGCAAUGUGCCAGGGGGGUCACGUGAUUCUCCUUUUGCGACCUUCUGACAAGCAAAGUCAAUGGGGAAGCCAUGUUCACUUAACAGCCAUGGCAAGAAAUGUUAUAAAAGGGGGAAAACUCACUUAACCACCGUAUCCCUUAGCAACAGAAAUUUUGGGCUUCAACGAAGCUGCCCGAUGCUCCAAAAGGGUGUCCUGCACAGGUGGCCUCGGUGAAUCCGUGUGUCAGGGUUCCGACCGAUGCCCUAAUUAAAUCAUGAGCCUCGAGCCAAGCUUCAAAAUAAAUCCAUUUUUUUCUUAGGAGCCUCAUGUCGGCACAGUCCAAGUGAAGCCAACUGUGACCCCACAUCAUUUACGGCCCAGUUCUGACCCUGUUUUCCCCCUCCCCCUCAAGGUGUGCCAUCAGUCACAUUCUCCAACGAAGCAAUUUCGCUGGUUGUAGAGAUCACUCCCCUCCGUCCAAUGUGGGUAACCCCUGGAGACAGCCUUGACAGAGAUAUGGCUGGAAUGUGCUUUUGUUUUGACUGACAUGCUGCCUCGGAAGUUCGUUUUCCCAUCCCCCUUGCCUAUGGCAACUCGAGAGCAGGCCAGGGAUGCUUUGUGAGUGGACACCGUGAAGCUGAGUAGGCACACUCGUCUCAUUUAGUGUCUGCUCUCACCGCUCCGCUUUUGGGGCAUCGGGAGCAGGAGGCUUGGCGACACAGCUGGGGAAGGGAAACUGGGCUACGCAGCUCCACUCAGGCAAGAGAGAAGCCUUUGGGGCGAGUGAGUGCCUGCCACUCAUCCUGCCCUGUUGAGUAUAGACCACGGCCCGGUAGUGGUCCAUGGCCCACAGGUUGGGGACCCCUGUUCUAGAGUCUCAACAUCUUUUUUUAUAACAUGGUGACCAAACCCAUAUGUGUUCUGUCCCCCACCCAUACGCACAUACACCAACAGACGUUCAAGAGUUAAAGACCAAACCAGCCGGCAAAAUCCUUUUCCUUAUGAUAACGGAACUUGGCAACAACCUAGUGGCUGCCUGCCAAGAGUUUAUUAUUUACGAAGAGGAGAGAUAACUUCUCCCCACUCCUGGUACAUCAAAAGAAACAGCUCAAUAAUUACGGAGUUAAGUCCAGAGAUAAUCCAGCAAAGUCUCUAGCCAAAAGUCCGGCAAUGCAGAAUGGCGUGGAAGCUUUCAGCUUUGUUCGUCACAAGGUUUGACUGGCCACCACGCUCCCUUUUAUAUCCUGUGGGGUGUGGUCCAGUGACUCAGCCUAAUCUCGGGCACGCCUUUUCUUCUGUUGCGCGCGCUUAUCUCUGCGACGCUGGCAUGGAUCCAGCCAAGACUCAUUACCCUCAUCACUGUCCAUCUGUGGCUACGUGGACAUGCUUGGCCCUGGCCCUAUCUCUUGCCCUUCGGCGGACACCGAAGGCAUUGCCAGAGAGGAGGGUCCUGAAGAGGGAGGCCUUGCCAACUCCUCUCCUUCACUCUCGGAGUCCUCUCCUGCUGAUGACACAGGCUCAGGUAACGGAGCCACAACAAGAUGCCGUAUUCCAAGCGUGAUCCUACUAAGGCUUUAUAAAGCGUUACUAACACUUCACCUGAUCUUGAUUCUUAUCCGUCAGCCUGCCCACCUUUUCUCGUUGGGUUCUCUCUCUUGCGGGUGGAUGCCAGCAUCAUGACCUUGACUCACGUCAAGGAAACGUGGGUGGAGAAUGUCCAGGGACUUUAGCAACAGAAGUAAUUGGAUCUCCUCGGGACAGGUAGCCAAGGUAAUGUAAAGACGUCACGGCAUCGUCACGCAAACGACAUGCAAACUUUGGCAAGUUCUAACCUUGGAGGUUGGCAUUUUGGCCCGGAGAAGAUGUGGGGAGCAGGGGGUUGGACUAGAAGACCUCCAAGGUGCCUUCCAACUCUGUUAUCCUAUCCCAGGAGUCUGCAACCUUAAACACUCAAAGAGCCAUUUGGACCAAUUUCCCACAGAAAAGAAAACACCGGGAGCCACAAAACUCUUCCCAUGCCUGACUAUUUCUUGAGCGGCCACAAAACUGGCAUCUGUAGUUGAAUUAAACGUUCUGUUUUCUUCUGAAA